UUUCAGCACACGAGUCCACCUGUGCUAAACGGUGGCGAGAACAACGACGCUGUCUCGCGCUACAGUGCGUCUUGAACGCUGGUGCUGCGCUCGCAGAGUUUCGAGAUCAAUGGCGGAGAAGAGCUCUGUAAAAGAGAACCACACACCUCUGAAGACCCCAGCCACGCUGUCGCGGCGGCGCUCGGCUGAAAAAGGCCCGGCGGCCGUGUACGAAGGGUCGGGCAGUCAGCGCCGGCGCGAGAGUCGAUUCCGCGGCACGAAUCAAUUAAUCGUUCCCGAGAGCGUUAAUGCGGAUGCGGACCCGUAUCGAUUCCUGCCGAAGCCCGCGCCGCGGGCGGCGAAAGCGGCCGUCACGGCGCCUCGUGCUGACGACGCUGCCGCGGAGGAACCGCGCGGGCGCCUGAGCUUUGGAGCGGCGGCGCCGCCCGCGCCGUCUUCGGAGCCGGCCGCCGCGCCGGCGCCGGCGCCCGCCGGGCGCCCGUCCACGGGGGCCUUCUCGGACCUCGGCGAAGACGCCGCGGCGCGAUGCUUCUCGGACCUCGGCCGCGGCGACGACGCGGCGCCCCCGCCGCCGCCACAACUGCCCCGCGUCACGACGUCUGAAAAGACGCCUGAAGCGCCCGCCGUCUGGGACUCGUCGCACCUCCAGUCGUCCGCGUCGGCGGAUAGCACUGGUGACGCCCAGGCCUUCGGCUGCCUGGGCGACGUCGCGGCAGCUUUUUCGGACGACGCCGCGGACGCGCCGGCGACGAGACGCGUCUCCAAAACGGGCUACCUCCGGAAGCGCGGUCGCAUGAACCCCGCCUGGAAGACGCGGUGGUGCGAGGCCUGGCCCGAUGAAGGCAGGCUGUACUACUUCCGCGAGUACAACGAGAAGCGGUGCCGCGGCUACAUCGAGUGUUCGCGCAUUACAAUUUGCGAAAGUCUGGAUGAUGGCUCCUUCAGUGACUGCGACGACUUCACGUCCCGACCCACGGCGCCCUACGCCUUUCGAGUCCGCACGCCGGGCGCCAAACACGGGGAAGAGUGGAUGCUCCAGGCGGCGUCGGCUUCAGAACGCGACGCGUGGAUUCAAUGCCUCAGGGGAAUGAUGGGCGCUGCCGCGGCGCCGCGGCGGCGGGCGUCGAGCGGAAUGUCAAAUAAUGCCCCGCGCGAGGAGGGGGUUUGUGCGUUGAUGUAA